AUUAAGUCGCAGAAAAUGAUAGCGCCCAAUUUUUCAAUCGGCGUAUAAAACCCAAACCCCCCCACCUUUUACUGCUUUUCCGCAACCUCUCCCACUGCUUUCCCUCUCUGCAACUUUACUUAUCUAUCUCGAUCUACAUAACGCAUCUGCAUCGAAGAAUUCCCAGCUGGGUGCAAAUGAAGGAUGUGCUGCGAGCAACAUGGUUGCGGUUCUGUAAAUUUAUGAAGUUUACUCCCCCUGUUCGUACAUCUUUGAGGGAAAAAGCUAUAGCAGUAGCAGGGAGGGUAACUACAGUUAAGGAUAGAGAAAGUUCAAAGGUUUCUUGUCCCGUAUGUUUGGAUGUAAUGAAGGCAUCAGACAGCGUAGAUCUAAGUAUGACGCUGGCAUUACACCUAAGUCUAUGGCACCCAGACGAUGUUAAGCUGCAGUGGGAUAUUAUGCAGAGGAAAAAGGAAUCAAGUGUUCAUUUUCCGUCUCUAAUUAUUGGAGUCGGUGUGGCUGUUGGAUUUGGAGCUCUCGUGGCUAUUUCAGCCAAAAACCGGACCCAGAAAUUGCAUGUUAAGGUGGGAGGAAGACAAUCUUGAUUGGAGUUUAGAUAGUAAAUCAUGAAAUGUACUUAAUGAAAUUAUAUUUUUCUUCUUUCAUGUAUUUUGUAAUCAAGAUGCUGUUUGGUCAGUAA